UUGUCUGAGUUAUUUACUCCGCAAACAGGCUUACGCAACUCUGUUGGUGGCUCGAUUAAAUAUUUAUAAAUAACCAGUCCAUCGGUAUCUUAAUGGUUACACAAAUGGAACAAACUUUGGACAAAUUCAUCAAGAAAAACCUUAACCCAGAAGACUUGAAGCAAUUUAACAGAAUCCAUUAUGGAAGAGAAGAUCAUUGUGAAUUAAAAUUUAAAGAAUCUACAUUUAAAACAGCCGGUGAGAGUAAUAUCGAUGUAGCAGGAUAUUACUUUACGGCUAAUAGUGAACAAGUGCGUAGUCCUAGAAAUGUGAUAGUGGGUUUAAUUCAACACUCCAUUGUCUUACCUACUGAUAAGACCGUGAGUGAACAAAAAGACGCCAUUUUCCAUAAGAUCAAUAAGAUUAUAGAUAUCGCCGCUUCAGAAGGUGUACAGAUACUAUGCUUACAAGAAUCUUGGUAUAUGCCCUUUUUCUUAUGUACAAGAGAAGUGGAGAAAUGGAAGGAAUUUGCCGAAUCAGCUACGGAGGGUCCUGUCUUCAAAUUCCUCUCUCCGAUUGCUAAGAAAUACAAAAUGGUUAUAAUAUCACCUAUACUCGAAAACGAGAACGGCACUUGGUGGAAUACUGCAGUAAUAAUAGAUGAAAAAGGCCAAUAUAUGGGAAAGCAUAGAAAAAAUCAUCUACCAAGCGUGGGUAGUUUCAGCGAAACAUCUUACUACUCUCCUGGAAACUUGGGUCAUGCAGUUUUCGAUACCAAAUACGCUAAAAUAGCUGUGAACAUUUGCUACGGAAGGCAUCAAGCGUUAAACUGGCUAAUGUUUGGAUUAAAUGGUGCUGAGAUUGUAUUCAACCCGGCAGCAACCAUUUCCGAAUUUGGUGAGUCUUUUUGGGGUAUUGAAGCAAGGAAUGCCGCUAUCGCUAAUGCUUACUUCACAUGUAGCAUCAAUAGAGUAGGCACUGAAGAUUUUUUUGUAAUCAAGAAUGAAAAAGAAGAGCGUAUAACAAGAUCUUAUUAUGGAUCAAGCUAUAUUACAGCGCCCAAUGGUCAAAGAACCCCGAGCUUAUCAAGAGUUCGAGAUGGAUUACUGAUAUCGAAAUUCGACCUCAAUUUAUGCCGGCAAGUAAAGGAUCAAUGGGGAUUCAACAUGACAUCUCGGCUAGAUAUGUAUGCGAUGGAAUUAAUACUAAAAACUCAAACUUAGACAAUUAAAGAGU